GCAAAAGUUAGAAUUAUUGCUUUCCUAAAUCAAGUACAUGGUAUCAGUAUCACUAGGUGGAUUAAUCGGGAUUUUAUUUUCUAAUCGACAACUUAUUUUUUCAAGUAUAUGUACGUAUUGCCGCGCCUCCGAUUACUUGUUGCUCAGGGUUAUAAAAAUUCCUCCAACCCGAAUUUUCUAGAUAUAUCGAUAAUUCCAUUUGGCAAUGUGAUAAGCUAGCAGCCUAAUUUUGUUCAUAUCUGUCGUAAAUCACCGCAAAAAUCUCCCUGGCUUGAUAACGGUGACAUAUUUAGGAGAUAUUUCUAUCAAUUGCCCUAUUAGCAGCUAUUUAAGAAAGCUUACCAGACGUAAUCCCAAAUACAGUGUAAUCUAACCGUCGGAGCACAAUGAAGCAUUUCAAACUGGCAGUAAUUCUGAUUUGCGUCCUUGGCGCUCAGGCGGAACCAGAUCGUACUCCACGUAUCAUCAAUGCGCACACCGCUCCACAUAUUGUCGGAUACAACGCAUACGUGCUCUACACAAAUGUAGCAUCCGUAGGAUUCUUUGGAGGCGGUACAAUUAUUUCCGAUAAGCACGUGCUGACCUCGGCCAAGAUCAUUGAGGGAUAUGUCCGGUGGGAUGUAGGUUUCGGCAGUAACAUCUUUGUCGAGCUAACCACCAUCACGUCUAUCACUGCUUCAUGGCAUCCUGAAUUUGACCCCAAUACUUCAAUUAACGACAUCGGUAUUAUCACCUUACCGGUGUCUCUGGUGUUCACGCAGAACGUCUACCCGGUGGCACUUCCGGAUCUGAACACUGAACGGACGAAUCGUUUUCCUUUGGAAAAUGAGGAAGGCACAAUCGUUAGCUACGGGUACACAACUCCCAAUUCUAUCGACCAUACGGACGUCCUGAUGCGAACCUUCCAGCGGGUGAUUGGCGACGACGAUUGUGAAGAGUUAUACCAGAACCAAUUGCCAGAGCAUUUCUGUGCCAGAGACAACGCUAGGCUUUCGAACAUGUGCCUUGGGGAUGUUGGUGCCGGAUUCGUCACUUUUGUCCAUGGACGUCCGACCGUUACCGGAAUUGUGUCGUACAUCAGAGAAAUAUGCGGCACUGCAUAUCCAACGGGCUAUAGUCGUGUCGAUUACCACCGGGAGUGGAUCAGAAAUGUGACGCAGCUGUGAUGAACUGUAGUUUGCAGUUAUUUUUUAUGUAUUAGCUAGUAUUCCAAAUGUUUCAAAUAAUAAAUGGGUUUUGACUUAACGAUAAACCCGACUUAAAGAUAUAUUCUCACGAAUAUAUUUCAGUUUUCAAACAAAUUUGAAAUCUGUAGGCAGAUUUCAUAACAACAAUGAUGGAAUUCACUUAAAAUACAUACUAUCUCCAGGAUGUCCACUAAAAC